AUGCUGAUAUGCUUUAUGAUUGGUUUCUCAUCGUCGUUCAAUGUCGGGCUUUCUAACGUUGUUCCGGCACCAUCAAAUGCAGCAGGGCCAAUGUCAUCGUGCAAGAAGUAUUUGACCAACUGUGGAUCAAAUUUAGACCGAAUUUGUGGUGAAGAGAUAUUUUUGGCUGUAUUUUUCGGCAACACAACAGUCAGAGACGGUUGUUGUGACGAACUUAUGGGUGAUGUUGGAAAAGUGUGUCAUGAUGACAUGACAAGAUGUGUUUUGACAUUGCCAAAAUUCCGGAACAGUAAAGUUGAGAUGUUGAAGAGGGGUCAGAAGGUUUGGAAUGAUUGUGUUUUCUCUGCCUACUCUGGGAUUCAACCUGUUCCUGCUGAAUGUUGA